AUGAUUUUAUUUUGCUGUCAGAUCUAGGUGGUGUUGUUUUGUUGUGCUUCUGCACUUUUGCUUUGGGAAGGUAUUUACUACACUAUUUUAUACCUAUAUACAAUGAUAAACUUCCACUUCGGUAUCAAUGCAACAUAUAAUGCUAUCUAAGGAUAUCGACCAGCGAUAAAUUUGUAAGUGAUAAAUAUGCGGUGUGCAACAGAAUACUUAAUCAUUAUUAGCACAUGAGCGAGUUGUAAUCGUACUAACAAUGGAAACCGAAGUAGUCUCAUCAUUUUUUACAAAAUCAUAUCAAAACAUUAGUGAAAGGUUUUUAGAUUUAGCAGAUGAACUAAAUCUAUCUCUCGAACAGUUCCAAUUGCCCAAAAAAGUAGAAGUUGUUUAUAAUCCCACCAUUUAUGCAAGGGAGCCUUUUGAAAUGUAUGUGCGUAAAUAUUGUAACACGCCGAAACCUAUUUUAUUCUUUGGUAUGAAUCCUGGACCAUUUGGAAUGUCCCAGACUGGAGUACCAUUUGGUGAAAUAGAGUCAGUUCGAGAUUGGCUUGGCAUAACUGGACAAGUGGGGAAACCACCAGUAGAAAUAAGAGGUCGAGAAGUUUUGGGUUUCCAAUGCAAGAAAACUGAAGCAAGCGGUAAAAAAUUUUGGGGCCUUUUUAAAAAUUUAUGUAUAACACCUGAAAAUUUCUUUCGAUCCAGUUUUGUUUACAACUAUUUGCCCCAGCAGUGGAUGACACGCUCGGGAAGCAAUUUAACUCCUGGUGAAUGUAAAAAAGCAGAGGUCGAAGUACUAUACAGAAUUUGUGAUCCUGUUUUCCACAAAGUCCUAGAACUGUAUGAAGUUGAGAUAAUUGUUGCCAUUGGAAAAUUCUGUGAAACCAGAGCUAAAGAAACCAUAAAGAAAUACUCUCUCACAAGACCUGUUAAGGUAUUCUGUUCAAAUAAUUGUAGUUGCCCCAAGAUAAUUUCAUAUUUGUACAUGGUAAUAAAAGUGUGUAUUUUUAUAUUUCAGAUUUUAUACUUACAACACCCCAGUCCCAGAGUGGUAAAUAAUAAUAACUGGGUGGAGAAAACCACAGAGUUUUUAACUGACAAUGAUUUGCUGAAGUAUUUCCAGCAACAAUAAGACUCAGAUUUAUAUUGUCAGAGCUGGGCUCCUUCAAUAUGGCUGAUUUUAUGAAGAGAGCUCUUGAGUUAGCAUCAGAAGCUUUAUCAGCUCAAGAAGUACCAGUUGGCUGUGUUUUUGUAAUUAAUUCUGAAAUUAUUGCAGAGUCUAGGAAUAUUGUUAAUGCUACACACAAUCCAACAAGGCAUGCAGAAAUCAAUUGCAUUGAUUCUGUCAUAGAACAUUGCAAAACUAAUGACAUAGACUACAUGUCAUAUUUUCAAAAUGUAAGUGUUUAUGUAACCGUAGAACCAUGUAUUAUGUGUGCAGCUGCACUUAGUAAUUUAAGGGUAAAGGAAGUUGUAUAUGGUUGUGCCAAUGACAGGUUUGGUGGUAAAACUGUAUUAGAUAUUAGUAAUUUUUAUGAAUAUAAUUAUAAUUUGGUUGGAAACCUAAUGGCAAAUGAGGCCAUGGCUUUACUAAAACAGUUUUAUAAGGGAGCUAAUCCCAAUGCUCCAGAAUCUAAAGUGAAAAAAGAUAAAAGUGUAAAAUGCUAAGUGCUUAUCAUAAAGUAGAUAAUAAUAGGAGAUAGUACUGUUGGCAUUUUGUAGCCAGGCAUACAGUAGGUUAGGAUGUCUGUUGAUUAAAAAAUUAUAAUUAUUUUUUAUAACAUAAUGUGCAAUAUGUUUUAUAAUUUCCAUAAAAAAUGAGACAGGUAAAUAAUAGCACACAUUAUACUUCUGACAUAAUAACUGUAAUUAAUGGCGCAGACACAAUCCCUGUUAAAACUAUAAGUAUAGGUUUCAUAAAUUAUAUAUAAAUCUAUUGCUACAAAGUACUUGACACAUUCAAAUUUGGUUUAAAACACAAAGACACCCAUACAUAACAAAUCCAACAAUGUCCAUAAAAUAUACUUAAUAAUAAGAAUAUAUAAUUAUACAAAAUAAAUGAUUACUUACUACAACAUUUUUUCUUACACCUAACUUAUUAUUAUAUCCCACUGUAUAAAACAUAAAAGUGAGAUCUUAUUGGAAAUAAAAACAAUUUAUUACAAUAUAUUACUACUGAUAAAAUAUCCACAAGGAUAUCACAGAAUUAUUUCACUAAAUCUAGGUAAAUUGAGAUCUCACAUUUACAUUCCCACAGUGUGUUACAGGAAAGAAUGCUUGAGGACUUUUGUACAGUAGGGUGCUAAAUAUAACAUAAUAGUAAAAUAAGCAUGUCACUAAAUGCAUGUAUUUAAAAUCACACAUUUAUCAGCGAGAAGAAAAAUUGUCCACUGUCAAAUCGAAAUAAAAGCAGGAAUAAAGAUAUUUAAAUACUGUCCAACAAUGUUUACAGCUCUUAACAAACUACCUACAGAUCACUUAAACUUAAUACAACUGAUUUAAUCAUUUGAAUCAUGACAACCAUUAACCAUUGGGUAUGAGGCCCCUGAACCUUCAGUCUCUUCAUUUUGGCCAUUAACAUGAACACAAUUUCCAUUCAAAUUGUCUUCAACUAAAUUUUGUUCACCAACUGGAUCAGCUAUUGGGCUUGCUCUCCCACUGGAGCUGCUGUCACUAUCUGAUGAGGAUGAACUAUCACUUUCAGAGUCUGCACUUGAUGUAUCUUGAGAAUGUUGUCUUAAAUGUUCAACUUCAAGUCUCAACUUCUCAUUGUCUAUUUGUAGGGAACGUAUUUGCUCUUCUUGUUCCUUCAUACGCAGCAUUAGGUCACUAAAUGAUUGAUCAUCCACCACACUGGACCCAACAGAAGUCCCUGAAGUGUCCCUGUCGGUUAACAUACUGUCCCUAUCUGUCACUGAAGUAUCUCUAUCGUUCACUGUCAUAUCUUUGUCCUCUUCCAGGAACUUUGCUCUAGAACGCUCAGUUCUUUUCACAAGAUUAUCAUAUUUCGCUUCCAAUAGAAGAUAUUCUUGGACGAGAUCAUCCUUUGACAUAUUCGAUAAUCGUUCACUUUGAGCAUCUUCAUAAACACUUGAGAAUUCUUUUGUCAAAUAUUCCUCUUCAUCUUCGGGUAAAGAAAAAAAGUAAUUAUCUUCCGAGUCAACACUAAAACUUGAAUCGCGAGUCCUUGCUGACGGUGUUCGUAAAAGAUGAAAGGAAUUUUCUGGUUCUGGUUUAUGUAUUUCCAUUAAGAAUUGGUUGUUAUUAAAAGGAGCGUGCGUUUUUGCCAUCACAAUCUUUCUGAAUCUGUUAUUUCUUUUAGAUUUUUCAUUUUUACGACGAUCUUGCCACGGAAUUUUCGAAAAAGGUUUCAUAAUUUUACGUUUGGAUUUCCCGCGCCGCCUUUUUUUCUUAGUAAGUCCUUCAAGUUGUUUCGGUACAUCCACAGCAGAUGGCGCAUCUACUUCACCUGGCCGCGUCGGAUCGCCAUCUUUUACAGCGAUAAUAUUAUUUCCGUCCAUUUGAGAUAAAACAGCACAGUUAUUUGGAAAUAAAACUUACUUUAUAUAUCAAAAAUUAACAAUCGCACUGAUAUUACAACUUUUACACAACUAUGGCUAUAUGAAAUCCUGAUAAAAGUACAUUGUUCCACGGAGCACUGCACUGAGGACGCAAUCCGCCAUCUUUAUUUAUUUAUUCAUUCAUUGUUACAUUAAAAUACCUACCACUAGCUAGGUGACGCAGUUAGGG